CAUUGUCGUAACGGGAGAGUUUGGCGGGCAGCGCAACGGCGAUUGGCCGGUCUUCCUUCCCGUAGUCAAUGGUCGCCGUAGCUGUUCGUUCGAGUAUUCGGUUCAAGUUUUCACAAGAAAACAGUACUACCCACGACUCCCAUCGUCCGGCGACUGCGUCGACGAAGCUCGAAAGGAGGAAGGAUUCUUAACAUUUACUCCAUAACAUCGAAUCAGAGAAGCUCCAUAAAAAAUGAGUUCAAACGCAUGUUAUAAAUGUAAUCGAAUGGGCCACUUUGCACGAGAAUGUACACAAGGUGGUGGAGGUGGUGGCAGAGGAGAUCGUGGCCGUGAUCGAGAAGGAGGAUUUGGACGUGGCCGUGAUAAAUGCUUCAAAUGUAACCAGUUUGGACAUUUUGCACGUGAAUGUAAAGAAGAUCAAGACCUAUGUUAUCGUUGCAAUGGAGUUGGACACAUUGCAAAAGAUUGCCAGCAAGGCCCUGAGAUGAGCUGUUACAACUGCAACAAAACUGGACACAUUGCCCGCAGUUGCCCUGAAGGUGUUAAUGAUUCUGCACGUUUUGCUAUGCAGAGCUGCUACAAUUGUAACAAGACAGGACACAUCGCUCGUAAUUGCACUGAGGCAGGAGGUAAAAUUUGCUACAUUUGUGGCAAGACGGGGCACAUAAGCCGCGAAUGCGAGGAGGAGAGGAAGUAGGAGAUAACCCAAAUCCGUGCCGCUCGCUUAAUGAUAAUGAUAAGCCGUUUACCAUCGUGCGCGCCACUACCGGGGAUUGUAGCUAGGUAGGGAUGUGCGGACGUUUCUCUCAGCGACGCGUGUUAUCGCAAAAGCGUGUUCGUCAUUACCGUUCGAAUUUUCAUCUCUCCAUGCCCAACUCCCGGAGCUCCUCCCUCUCCCAAAUCUCCUUCCCUGUGCCCACCGUUGUUCUCUUUCACAUGGAUUUUCUUAUAAUGUCUUUAAGUUUUUAUUGCUGUUACACUACACCACACAUCCGCGCGCGCACAAAGUACAUUCACACACGAACACAUCUGACAUUUACACGGAAACACACACUAUACGAUGUAAUAUUAUAAACAUUCGAUUGAAUUAGAGUAGCAACAUAAAUCCUCUGUCCCUUGACCUUCAAACUAUCUUGUACGUGAAUUAUUUCGUAAUGCAAGAUGUAUGGAUUUUGGAAGCAUUAAUGAAGUUCGCAAGGGCCGUCUCUUAAAGCUGUGUGACAUUGAUCAGUCCUACAGACUCUAUCUUAUCUUCCCUGGUAUAUUGAAAAGGAAAUUUUAUGAACUGACUGAAGGACUUUGUAAUGUUAGAAAGGGAUGCUAUGACCGUGGGAAUAAUGGCAAAUUGAAGUCAUAUUCCUUUCUUACAUCCACGCAUCUUGUAUUCGGUCCUCCCUCUCAAACUCUCUAGCUGAAUCACGUUAAAUUUCAAAAGUAAUGGGAAAGGAAAGGAAAUAUGUAAACGUGCUGGCCCCGAAUGCAUAAAAAUAAGGUUUAGUAACGCCAAUUUUUAACGUGUAAGGAUGUAACGAGGUUCGCAGAACGAUUAUUUUUUAAUAGUAUCUGCUUUCAUAAAAUUACAAUAUGAUUGUAAAACAUGCAAUGUUUAUAAAUUCAUAAAUAUACAAUAGUGCUGGACCAUCAUGUUUUAAAAUCUGCCGAGGCAGCAGAGCAAUGACUAUUUAUGUAAGAUUGUAAUUAAAAAUUGGUAUGGCCAUCUAAGAUUGCUACGCUUUUUAUGUGUAUGUAUAUGUACACAUGCAAAAUUCAUUAAAAGUUCAGGCAUUUUAUAUACAUUAUUUCGAAAAUAUUUAAAAAAAUCACCAUUGUUCGUAUUUCCAAAUGAUCAUUACGAUCUCGUAUAGCAAAAAGAUUACUGUAUUAACCUUAUAAUAUCCUUACAUGUGGUGAAGUACUUCGUUACUAGAUACAUGUGUGUGUAUAUAUAUAUGUGUGUGUCUCAAAAUGUAUAUACAUAUAUAGAUACAUAUGCGCAGGAGCUGUAUUUUGUACUGUAAAAAGCUAGUUAUACUCUGGUCGUUGCUGGUGACUAAUUCCGGUGGUUCUUGUUUUUUACAUCGCAGAAAAAAAAAUGAUAUUUUCAUGUAAAGUACUAUAUGAAUCUUUUUUUUGUAAGUCGCAAAGUGGAAAUUCGUGGAUACGCUUUACAUAAUAACCUUGAGUAUUUAAUAGAAAAGUAAAAAAAAAAAAAAUUGCAUAAUAUCAACUUGACUCAUACUCAAAAGUUAUGAAUUUCACACGAAAAAACUAAAAAAGAAAGAAACGAAGUUCUAGCUGAAAGUUGUUACUUUUAUGCGAGUACAAAACUAUAAAAGUUUUCCUUGAGAAUAAGGCAUAUAUGUAAGACUAUAAUAAAUGACGAUUCGUUUGGUGGUUAUACAAUGUCUAUAAAUAACGAGCAACGCUAUUGGGAUAUGAAUCAAUCGAACUACCUAGUUCAUUAAUUAAUUGUUCGUUCUAUUGAACAAAGAUACUCAAAUUUCAAUUAAUGAAAGGAACGCACGUGGAUCUGUAUUUACUCUAGGUAGAUUCAACAUGAACAUCCACGCAAAAUGCCAUUGAAUUAUCGAUGUUCUACGAUAUUUAAGUCAGUGUGUCGUUAAACGUCGUUUCGUUGAAUGACACGAGCUGCUGGUGUCAUAAUGCGUGAUUUGUACAUGGAGAAUCUGAUUUUACCAGCAGCGACAAUGUGUAUUAAUGUUCAGAAGCCAGGCGUGCCUGACUCAGUGGAACAGAAGCGCGCCUUGUGAGUUGUAUUACAUACGUAGUACAGGUGUCCUGCAAACAAUUUUAUACACUUAACUACUCGGGACUUAAACCGAUCUCAUGCAUGGAUUUCAGAAGUAGUGAGUACUCAGUGCGCCAGUGCGUCUGACGAGAUUUGGAGGAUCAAAAAAAAAUUAUAUUCUGCUAUUGGACUUGAGUAACCUUUGGUGCUCUCACUGAAUGUGCGUAAGGAAAAUUCAGGUUGAAAUAAGAAUUCGUCGUUAUCAAAACAUGUUUCGUUUCCUGUCGUGCGUUUUCUUUUUUCUUUUUUCUUUUUUUUUCUUUUUUUUUUUAAAUAUAUAUUGUAUGAGACGUAAGGAUUGGGUUUGUUAAGGAUUGAAUUUUUAGAAAACUAUGUUCUUGAACAUGUGAUUCAUAGGUCAUGAUCAUUGGUGGCACCAAAGGUUAAAGGAGCAUUUAAAAAAAAAGAGUGCGAUUAGGGCACCUGCGCUUUUGUCUCUGCUACAAGACUUACGUACGAAUAUUGUAAAGAAUACGACUGUUACAGUGUAUGAACUAAUUGGACCGGCGCACGCCCGGCCAUGGCACGACUUAUAUUAAACUAAUCUAUUAAUACUUAAAGGAAGAAGAUGAAGAGGAUGAAAAGGAAAAAAUAAGCUACAAAGUAAUAAAGGAUUAUGGAGUAUUUGAAGUUAUGUUUUUAAACUGAAUUUUUGAAAUAGAAUGUGUACGGAGAGGCAAGUGCAGAUCUUGUUUUUUCUGUUCCCUACACAAAUUCAUCUACCGAUUCACCUUAUAGCUAGCGUAUGCAUUAAAUAGCAACUGUAUGAUAGCCUAUGAUAUACUUCAUGUAUUAUUAUUAUUUAUGUUUCAGUUUGAAGGAAGGAUUAUUUACUACAAAUAAAAUUUAAAUGUCUAA